AUUAUAUCUUACUAUUUAGAAAAGUAGAUGAAAUAUUAUAGUAAAACAUCUUUGGGUGCUGUAAUGAGAAGACGAAUAUUAUCCGAAUUAUGUGUUAUAUUAGCACAAUAUAUUUCGAACAAUCUGACCACACAUAUACUUGUUAUGAACAUUUAUAUACGAAAAAGUAAAAGGUUAACUAGACAUAGUAUAUAUACCGGAAAUUCUUCAUGCGCGGUUCACUUGCUUGGCUAACAUUCAUUGGAAUCAUCAGAAUUCCCAAAGUGUAAUUAAAGUAGAAGUUUGGGAUGUUGUUGAUAAAGGUAAACCUAGGAGUAGUGCUUCGAAAGGCUUAAAGUUUUUCAACAAACUAACAAAAGGCCAACCUGUUAUCAAUAUUGGUGGACAGGCUGGAAAUAUUGAACCAUGUCUAGAUGCAAGUUUUAUUAAUGUCUACAAAGGUGCACAUGGUGUUAUCUUAAUGAUGGAUAUGACAAAACCAUCGACAUUUGAAUAUGUAUGUCGUGAACUUGUACAAAUUCCUCCAAAACUGCCCAUAUUAAUUAUGUCAAAUUUCCAUGAUAUACAAGAACAACGUAAAAUCACUGAAGAACAAGUUCAAAUGUUCCUCAAUGACUCUAUUAUGCAAUUGAAUCAGUAUAAUGUUACAUCUGAUGAGAAAUUCAAUGAAUUAUCAAGAAAUAUUUAUGUACAAAAGAGUUCAUCAUCAAAUCCGAUUCGCUCUAUCCCCGUACAAUAUUGUGAAUCUUCAAUGAAAACCGGUUUAGGUUUGAUGUAUGUGUAUAAAUUCCUGAAUAUACCAUUUUUAUGUCUACAACGUGAUGUAUUACAAUAUCAAUUGAAACGUAAUUAUGAUGAAAUGAUUCAUGUUUUAUAUGAGUUAAGUCCAAAAACUGAUAAUCAGACACCAGAACAACGUUUUAGUUAUAUCGAUUCUGGUCAGAAGAGAACAACUGAUGAAUCGUCAUCAUCACGAACGUGUUCUUUUUCUUUUUCUGUGAUAAAAGAGAAUGCUGUAAACUUUCCAAUUAAAUUAACUGAGUCAAAUAGAACAACAGUGAUUUCUUUCAACCCAUCCAAUAUGAAUAAUGAAAAUAAUUUUGAUGAUAAUCAGACUAAUGUUCAUAUGAAAAGAGAUGAAUACAAGACUAAUGAAAUCAAUGAACAGUUGAAACAGAAUCCAAUGGUGAUAGCAUUCAGUGAAGAAAUUGAUCCUGCUGAUAAUGAAAUAUAUUAUCUUAAUAACAAUACUAUUAGUAUUACUAAUAAUAAUCAUUCAGAAUCACCUACGGGAUCGUAUGCAACGUUUACUCCGAGUAGUGAUAAUGACAAUAAUGUUUUUAAUAUUAAUGAUGAUAAUUUACAUUUCGAAAAUAAUAGAAAAUUAUCCCAUGAAAUAAUGGAUGAAUUACAGUUGAAGUUACGCUUAGAACAAUGUCACUCUCAUGGGAAAAAAGUUAAUUUGGAUCAUUCGAAUCAGUUCAAUAGCUCCGAAUUAAAAAUUGUAGAUGGCACGAUGAAAAAUUCUGGACAACUGAGAAAAUCUGAGUCUAGACAAAAUAAGAACACAGACGAACAGGAAAGUGUACUUCGUACGAACUUAAAAAACGAUAAAGAUUUGUCAAUAUCUAAUGAAAAUAUAAUUAUACUACCUACAGAUGAUGAUGCCCUGGAAAAAUUUCUUGAAGAUAGCUAA